AUGUUAAGAGCAUAGGAGCGGCUCAGAUUUCCAGUAACAUUAGUAGUUGGGCAUUUCUAGCACCUGUGAUCGGAGCAAUCCUCGCCGACUCCUUGUUCAGCUGUUUCUCUGUCAUUUUGAUCUGCUCCAUCGUCUCGUUGCUGGUAACCAAUUUUGAAUCCUUAAUUAGGAGGACAGCUCCAUCUGCUCUCUUACCUUCUUUGAAUGCGGUUUGCUUCUUUGAUAGAUUCUUCUUGUUAGGAUUUUUGGGAUCAAAAUGAAGAUUAAGAUAUUUGUUAAUAUCUGUGAAAUAAACGCACAAUCAAACAUAUUUUAUUAUAUUUUAUGUGUGAAAUAAAUAACUUAUCUACAUCUGGUUGACUAAGCCCAUUAUUGUCUCAUCACUAUAUACGAAUUCUAUUAAGGAAAUUCUAUCCGCAACAUGUAAAAUUGCUCUUCACAGCUCGCACUUUAUCAAAUUUUUUAUUAAUUUUAAAAUUUCUAUUUUACCCCUAUAACCCAUUAUUUUCUCUGACCACCCCCGAUCGCUGCCUCACCUUUCUCUCUCACACCAUAUACACACACAAACAUAUAUGUAUAUAUAUACACACACGGGCGACAGUCAUGGCUAUCGAUCCAUCGCCAUUAGCCGACCCCCCCUACACUCUCGUUCUCUCUCUUUGUGCAAUGGUCGCAAGGUGGGUCGACACCAUUUAUUGACCCAUCGGGGGACCCCCGUAUCGCAGGGUUCGGGGGUUUCUUGAACCUGCAAUGCGAGAGUUUCAAGGGAUCCCCGAACCCUGCGAUACAGGGGUUUGAGAAACCCCUGCAUCGCAGGGUCUCCCCGAUGGGUCGGCCAUUGCUGACCCACCUUGGCAAUGGUGGUGGGUCGCCGACCCACCUCGCGACCGUUGCACAGAGACAAAGAGAGUGGGUUGGCCAUGGCGGUCGACCUGGCCAACCCACAUACACAUAUAUAUGUAUAUAGACGCGUGUGUAUAUAUAUAGGUGUGUUUGUGUGUGUGUAUAUAUAUAUAUGUGCGUGCGUGCUGGGUUGCAUGAUGCGGCCAUACUGUGUGUAUAUAUAUAUUUAUAUAGGUGUUAUGAGUAUAUAUAUAUAUGUUUAUGUGUGUGUGGGUUAGCUAUGACCGAACCAACAAGCGUAUAUAUAUGUAUAUAUUUAUAUAUAUAUGUGUGUUUCUGUGUGUAUAUGGUGCAAGAGAGAAAAAGAGAUGCGAGACGACGGCUAACGAUGAGGGGUGAUUGGAGAAGAUGGUUGAUUGUGGAUUGUUAGGGUAAAGUAGGUAUUUUAAAAUUAUUAAAAAAAUUGAUGGGAUAUGAGUUGUGAAAAGUAAUUCUUGGAGCUGCAAAUAGAAUUUCCCAUUCUAUUAUAUGCCCAGUCAAAUAGUGAAAUUGAUAAAACUAAAAUCUUUUGAGUAAUUUCAAUAAUUACCUCUAACAUUUAAGAAUAACAAUAACUUGUUUAAAAAUUAUAAUAAAAUAAUUAAUUUAUUCUUUUUUCUCUCUCUCUCUCUCUCUCUUUAAUUUUAAUUAUAAAAAACAUAUUUUUAAUUAUGUUCUAAUCUUUAUAUAUAAUAUGUUCUAAUCUUUAUAAUAUACUUUUAAUUUAUUAUUAUUUAACUUAUGUGAAAAUUAAAAAAAAAAAAAGGUCAUUGGAGACCAGUGCUUGCACCUCAUUAGGGUUUUUUCAACCCAUAUAUAGGGAUUCAACAUUGUUAAAAACCGUUUCUUAGGGAGAGGGUGAGAAUUAAGGUAUUUUGAAUAUUUUAAAAAAUUUAUCUAAAAUCAUAGGCUCAAUUACGAUUUUGAAAUUGGCGAUUUCAAUUCUAUUUUCUAGUGAAAUUGAAAUCGAAUCGUCUAUAGAUGAUUCUGGUUCCUAUUUCUUGAUAGCUCGAUUUUGGUUCUCAACGAUUUCGAUUCCAAUUCAAACCAUUUUAUUAAAAAGAAAAAAAUAGGUUGGACUUAAUUUAUUUUAAUCAAGUUGCCUAUGUAUCCUUUUUAAGGUUUAAAAAAAUCAAAACCUUCUUAGUCUACUUAUCAUUUGAAUUUGUAACUGCCCUUAUCUUAAUUGAAAUUAUUUUUGAAAAUACUAAUUAUUGUGUGUUAUAUUAUAUAUUAUAUAUUUAUUUAAUUUAUUUUAAUGAAUACUGGUUAUUGUGCGUUAUAUUAUAAAUUUUAUAUUUAUUUAAUUUAUUUUUUAAUAAUUUGAAUUAGUUCCAGUUCCUUAUUUUUAGGAAUCAGAAUCAAACAGUAAAUUUUCAAUUUCAAUUCGAUUUUUAGAGGAACGAUUUCGGUUUGAUUCACAGUUUGAACCGAACUGUAAUAAGAGUUAUAAAGUUAAUUAGUUUGUAAGAGGUUAGUGCAAUAAAGUUAAAAAAACAAAUAAUCGUCGGUAGUUUUAGAGCCUCAAGAGUACCAGAUGCUUGUAGGUUAAAUUUUAGGAGUGUCAAGAGUGCUUUUUUUUUUUUUUUUUUCAGUCUGUCAAAGUAUUUACACAUUUAAGUUGAAACAGAGUUGCCUUCUCCUGCAGGUAUAUUUUCAGGUGCCUCAUUUCUAGAAUUUUCUAACUAACAUUGGCCCGUUUGUCUUUAUGUAUGUGUACAAGGAUUCAAUUAGCCUACCCACUCCUGAUUUUAAACUUGCAGGGAAUCAUUCUUCUAUUCCUAACAGCAACCAUCGGUUCCCUUAAACCGACACACUGUGAAAUUGGAUGGAUCUCAUGCAAUAAUAAUACUCCAUCAGGAAUCCAAUUUGCAGUGUUGUAUGCAGGAAUUGCUCUUGGAGCCAUAGGCUUCGGCGGCUUAAACUCAAUUAUAGCAUCCUUUGGAGCAGCCCAGCUGGAGAAUGUGAAUGACAGAGGAUCUUUCUUCAGUUGGUAUUUUUUCAUUCUGUGCAGUUCUUCGGUAAUAAGCGGCACCGCUAUUGUCUAUGUGGAGGAUAACGUCAGCUGGGCAUGGGGCUUUGGCAUAUGUGUGGCAGCCAAUUUAGUUGGCAUUGUUAUUUUCCUGUCAAGAACCCAAUUCUACCAUCAGAUUAGGCCACGAGGCAGCCCAUUCAGCCGCUUGGCUCAAGUAACUGUCGCCUCAAUCCACAAGAGAAAAAUCAUUCUUUCUUCCAAAAGCGAGGACUACUACCAUGGCCAAGAUGACGAUGCUGCCAAUUUGUUGCCAUCGAUACCAUCACCAGAAUUCGGUUUCUUUAACCGGGCAGCCAUUAUAACCGAAGGCGACAUCAAAUUUGACGGCUCAAAAGCAAAACCAUGGAGCCUAAGCACGGUGCAGGAAGUGGAGGACCUCAAAACCCUUAUUAAAAUUUUCCCUGUGUGGUCAACCGGGAUUUUGCUAAGCAUCCCAAUAGCAGUCCAGGCGGGCUUGAUGAUCCUGCAAGUCCUUACAAUGGACCGCCAUCUCGGCCCCAAUUUCGAGAUCCCGGCAGGAUCCUUCACAGUCGUCUCAUUCCUCAGCAUCACCAUCUUCCUGCCGGUGGUGAACAAAUUCAUCUCCCCCACCUGGAAGAAACUGACUCGCCGGCAUCCAACCUCCCUCCAGAGAAUAGGAGCAGGACACUUGCUCACCGUGGUUAGCAUGGCGGUUUCUGCCAUGGUCGAAUCUAAGCGGCUGAAUGUGGCCUAUUCCCUCCACCCGCCAGACAAACCCGCCUCCACCACCGUGCCAAUGUCCGCCCUGUGGCUGCUGCCACAGGUGGCCUUGGCCGGGUGCGGCCCAGCGUUUCAUUUCCCGGGACAUGUUGAGUUUUACUACCAAGAAUUUCCGGCCUCGCUGAAGAGCACGGCGACGGCGAUGAACUCGGUGACUAUAGCCACUGCAUACUACUUGAGCUCCGGCGUGUUGGAUGUGCUUAAGAAGAAUACGCCUUGGUUGCCGGAUGAUGUCAACAGCGGCAGGCUUGACUUGGUUUUUUGGAUAUUCGGUGGGGUUGUGGCGCUGAACUAUUGCUACUUUCUUGGUUGUUCCAUGUCUUACAGGUACCGUAACCUUGAGCAGAAGGAUGGCUCUCUAGAAGCAGAACAAAAUUGAAGUUAAUGCAAGUAAUCAAAGGUGAGAAUUUCUUAAUUAGCAACAUUGUUCCUUGCAAGGUUAUCCCACUCGGUGGCAGAUGAGAAUUUUCCGGAGGGGCAAACAUACAUUGUAUCCCACGUCCAGGAAAAGCGAAGAUUUCUGGGUUUUUGAAGUUGAGAGAGAAUGGGAACUUAGCCACUUAAAUGUAAUGCUGCGCAAUUGGUGUACUUUUGGACACCAAGUUUCUGAAAGUGUAUUGAUACAGUAUUAAUAUUUUAAGUUUGAAGAGAAAAUAAUAUUACUGUAAGGUGAAUGACUACUUUUCUACCCCGAAACUGUUAAUUGGGGGCAUAUUACAAUAAUUAUGAAACAAUAAC